AUGACACUUUCCGUUCCAGGUGAACAGUUUAUCAGGACUUUGAGGCAGUAUUUAGAGGCAAACGAGGGACGACUUUUGUUGCCUCAAUCAACAUUGAAUUUGUCUCAACCUCCACCUCCUGUUGUUGUGAGAGAGUCUGUCGAGGAUUCUCCAAGUCUAAUUCGAGCCUUCACCUCACUUUGGUCUUCUAAUGCAUCAGACAACAGAUCACUUUCGGCGCGUUCAGUCUCGUCAUCAUCAAUGAAUGACGCUUAUAAUAACAGUGCACGACAACGGUCGAACCCUUUAAACACUAUACCCUUUCCAUAUAUGUCGUUGUUAGGCGCGGCUUCGCCUGAAACAACGGCUAUCGCCAAUAUACCCUACAUACCGCAACGCUCAUGUUUGACUUUGGAUAUCCACUAUUUAUAUUUCUUACUUGUGCAAUUUGAACAAUUGGGAUUAGAAGAGGGAGGAGAAUCUCCUUUACCUGUCCCAGCGAACGGUCUCGUUGAAACUGAAACAACAUCAAAUAUGACUGAAAAUGCUCAUGUAGAUAGAAAGCCUCCAUCGAUAAUGUCUGUAGGGUCAGUUAUGUCGACACUGUCUCUUUCUACCGGCUGGCAAUUUUGGUCUAAUAAAAAAUCAGCAUUAGCAGCAGAACGCCCUUUACACGAGGAUAUUAUUUAUAUUCACCGUUACCUAAGCAAAGUUACAUCACUUCGAUUACAUAUGAAUUUAAUGGCAGAUACUCAGGGAAAACGUGUCACCAGUCAGCGCACCAUUCGUGGCUAUGAACAACCUUUAUCGCAAGAUGGCUCCAUCGUCCUGCCUUUACAUUGUUUUAAAAGCUUAAAGUUCCUAGAACUAUCCAACACGAGUCCUCGUUGUGUUGAUUUGGAUAGUGUACGACCACAGUUGACAAGCUUAAUUAUCAAAUCAGGAUCAGUUGAUAACGCAAUAGAUAUAAUAAAGGUACCAGCAGCACCCGUUUCACCAUCUGAAGCAACCAUAGCUUCUGAUAAACAAAGCACACUCUCUUCUUUGUGGCCGAAUCUUAAAAUGCUAUCCCUCCAAGAUAACAGCUUAACCACAAUCGAUGAUGAGCUCGUCCAGCAUAUUCGAAGUGUAACGCAUCUGAAUUUGUCUAGCAACUUAUUAAUUGAUAUACCAUCUGCAUUAUCCCUACUCUUCAAUUUAACAUCCUUGAAUUUAUCGCACAACAUGAUAUCAUUUAUAACGGGCAUUAAUACAGUGCUAGGGAAUAUUCAAGAAUUGGAUCUGAGAGGAAAUCGGUUAACAGUAUUGGCUGGCUUAGAUCGUUUAUGGGCUUUAGAAAGGCUCGACAUACGGGAUAACCGUAUCGAGGACAGUGCUGAGGUUGGCAGAUUAACUCCAUUACCUAAUAUCCAUGAUAUAUGGGUGGAAGGAAAUCCCUUUACCAAAUUGCAGGAUGACUAUAGAAUUGAAAUAUUCAAUGUAUUCAAAAAGAAUGACCUUGACAUUCAACUAGACGGUACAAAACCAACAUUUGCUGAACGGCGCCGUAUCAAAACACCAGCACCCUCUCCCAGCGCAUCAUCCAAUACUGCUGCGGUCAAUAUUGUAAGAAAACCGGACGAUGUUACAACGACGAGUACAGCAACUACUGCCACGAAAUGGCCAACACCACAAACUACGUUAGAAGACAAAUCUGUCGAUUCAUCUGCAAAAGCAAACAAAUUAGUCAGAGCCAAAACAAAGAAUAACAAACGGCAGGUUCGGUUGGGACAGGCUAAAACCAACGGAAUACCUGAAGCUGCUUUUGCAAAUUCGGAAGAGAGCAGCAGCAACAAGAAACAUGUACACCGAUUAGCAGAUUUGGAAGAUGCAGUUCAAUACGAUGCUAAGGUGGCAAACAAAGCAACUUCUGUUCAAUCACGGAAGAGUAAAAAGAACACUAAAACAGCUGAAAAAUCCUCACUUCUCGGUUCUUCGGACCAUGCGUCCAACGGUAAUUUAGCGACGACAAAUGGUUCUUCGACAAACUCUUCAGAGGCGUUUAGAAAACGAAUUGAAGCGAUGAGGAAGGAAGCAGGUACUGAGUGGCUAAGGGUUUUACAAGAGAUGGAUGUUAAUACACUGAUGAAGUCGUUUGUACAAAGAUUCACCUAUAACCUAGCUCUGUGGAUUUUCAACAUUAUGUUGACUAUUUUCUUCAGAGAAGUGAGAUCAAGAGGCUCACACAAGAUACCCAAAGAAGGGCCAGUUAUAUUCGUUGCUGCUCCCCAUGCAAAUCAAUUCGUCGAUCCUAUUAUCCUUAUGAGAGAAUGCCGAAGAAGUGCUUCAUUUUUGAUAGCGGAAAAAUCAAUGCAUGAAAAAGGUAUAGGGACCUUUGCCAGAAUGAUUGGUGCAAUUCCUGUAAUACGUCCACAAGAUUUAGCAAAACCAGGGCAAGGCCGAAUCCAAUUAUUGAAUCGUAAAACAGAUCCUCUUCGAAUCACAGGCAUUGAUACCCAAUUCACCAAACAAUUACGGCCCAAGGAUUCAAUUGUUUUACCUAAAGGUGUAGGUGUUUCUGAAAUAGACAAGGUUAUUUCAGACACUGAAGUUUUGAUUAAACGAGAAUUCAAAGAAUUGAAAGCUUUGGAAGUAUUGACUAGGUCAGAAGGAACAGCUUAUAAAUGCAUGCCCCACGUCGAGCAAGACAAGGUAUACAAAGCGGUCCAUAAAGAAUUGAACGAUGGCGGGUGUAUCACCAUUUUUCCUGAAGGCGGAAGCCAUGAUAGAGCUGCCAUGUUGCCAUUGAAAGCCGGUGUCACAUUGAUGGCCUUAGGCGCCAUGGCGAAAUAUGACGGUUUGGACGUCAAAAUUGUUCCUUGCGGUUUGAAUUACUUUCAUGCUCAUCGCUUUCGAUCUCGUGCUGUUAUUGAAUUUGGAAGUCCAAUCACCGUUUCUUCUGAACUCGUACAGAAAUUUAAAGCAGGAGGCGCGUCGAAGAGAGAAGCCUGCUCUACGUUACUGGACAAUAUUUAUAAUGCUUUGAAAACAGUUACAAUUAAUGCGGGAAGUUAUGAGACACUUAUGUUGAUACAAGCUGCUAGACGAUUGUAUAAACCAGCCCAUACAAAGUUACACUUAUCACAAGUAGUGGAUUUAAACAGAAGAUUCUUGAUCGGAUAUAAUGUCUUUAAAGACGAUCCCAAGGUGAAUGACUUGGAACAAAAAGUGAUGGCUUACAAUCAGUUGUUGAAAUACUACGGCAUCAAAGAUCAUCAGGUGAACAAAACGACAACGGAGAAUAAUGGUCGACUCUUGUAUCUAUUAAUGAAGCGUAUCUCGAUUCUCAUCUUUUUGGGUUUAUGGUCCUUUCCUGGCGCUAUUUUGAAUCUUCCCGUUGUUAUUGUUGCUAAGCUCAUCAGCGAAAAAAAGGCAAAAGCUGCCUUGAAAAGCUCAACAGUCAAGAUCGCAGGACGUGAUGUGUUAGCAACUUGGAAAUUGUUGGUUGGCUUAGUAUUAAUACCCACAUUAUAUGCAACCUAUAGUUUGGUCAUGUUCGUCGUUGUACUACAAACUGAUCUAGCAUUUAAAUGGAAGUUACUCAUUCCAUUUGCUGUUUGGUGUUGUUUGCCAUUUGUUUCCUAUGCGAGUAUGAAGUUUGGAGAAAUCGGCCACGACAUAUUCAAAUCAAUAAAGCCAACAAUAAUGGCACUCAUGGACCCGCAAGGAGCGGAAACCCUUCGGCAAAGCCGUGAAAAACUUUCAGUCAGUAUAACGGAACUGAUCAAUGAGUAUGGGCCCAAGGUAUUUCCCGAUUUUGACGCCAAUUAUAUCUCAAGAUCCAUCGAAAUAUCACCGACUACAAUCACUGCUUCCAGUCGUACCACCAGCACUGGUAGUUUAUCUUGGACUUCGGCCCCAAGCAAAUUACCUAAAAUUGCUAGCGGUUUCUUCCAGCAAGUGACACGUAUGAAUUGGUUAGAUGAUAAGAACAUCUUCAACUGGACCAGAACAGAUGACUCGGACAUGGCUGACGAUGUGUUCUUCUUUUUGGACAAAUUCUAUAAUAAUAUAAGUGGACGUAGUCGUAGUGGCUCCAUAAGUGGCGGUGAAUCUUCUCGCAAUAGAAGCCGUUCCAAUAGUAUUAGUAGCAUUGGAAGCAAUGAGGGAUUUAUCAAAGUUGAGGCAAUGACAAUCCAUCAAAAUCAUACUGCGAAUGGCGAGAUAACCGAAAAAAUCAGCGAGGAGAGUGACAAGCAACUACGAUCAAGACGAAGCAUUUUCCGCAUAGAUGAUAUAGAAGAAGAUACUGAAGAAGUUAAGAUCGGUACCUUUCCGAAGGAGGGAUUAGUUGAAAAGCUAUUAGAUGCUAAAAAGGACGUGUAA